AUGAAGCUGCACUGCGAUGUCGAGGUGGUCAGUCGGCAUUUGCCGUGCUUGGGGUUAAGGAACCGGGGUAAGGGUGUCCGGGCGGUGUUGAGUGUCUGUCAGCAGACGCCAGACUGUCGGGCGCAGUCCGGGGCUGGGGGCAAGCGGGGCAGCGCGCACCCGGCCUUUCUACUCGUCGCCACCCUGAAGGACAAGCGCGGGACCAGCUAUGAGCUGAAGGACAAUAUUGAGCAGUUCUUCACCAAGUUUAUGGACGAGGGGAAAGCUACUGUUCGGUUAAAGAAACCUCCUGUGGAUAUCUGUGUAAGUAAGGCUAAUUCUAGUGCCUUAAAGUGCUUCCUUUCAGCCUUGAGACUGGCUCAUAAAGGCUGUGAUGUUGAUGCACAACUUUCAACCCCCACACCAGUGAAGACUUCAGAAUUUGAAAAAUUUAAAACUAAAAUGGCUAUCACAUCCAAAAAGGACUACCCUCUAAGCAAGAACUUCCCAUAUUCUUUGGAACAUCUUCAAGCUUCUAAUUGUGAACUUGUUCGAGUUGAUAUGCGUAUGCUUUGCUUAAAAAAUCUUAGGAAAUUAGACUUGAGUCACAACCAUAUAAAAAAACUUCCAGCUACAAUUGGAGACCUCAUCCAUCUUCAAGUACUUAACCUGAAUAACAAUCGUUUGGAGUCAUUUAGUGUAGCACUGUGUCAGUCUACACUCCAGAAGUCACUUCGGAGUUUGGAUCUCAGCAAGAACAAAAUCAGGGCACUCCCUGUGCAGUUUUGCCAGCUUCAAGAACUUACAGAUUUAAAACUUGAUGACAAUGAAUUGAUAAGAUUUCCUUUCAAGAUAGGACAACUGACAAACUUGCGUUUUUUGUCAGCAGCAAGAAAUAAGAUUCCAUUUUUGCCUAGUGAGUUUAAAAAUUUAUCCCUUGAGUACUUGGACCUUUUUGGAAAUACUUUUGAACAACCAAAAUUCCUUCCAGUUAUAAAACUGCAAUUACCACUAACUUUGUUGGAGUCUUCUGCACGAACCAUACUAUAUAAAAGGUUACCAUAUGACUCACAUCUCAUACCUUUCCAUCUUUGCCAAGAUUUGGAUACUGCAAAAAUUUGUGUUUGUGGAAGAUUCUGUCUAAACAGUUUCAUUCAAGGGACUGCUACCAUGAAUCUACACUCUAUUGCUCAUACUGUGGUCUUAAUAGAUAAAAUGGGUGGUACUGAAGCACCUGUUACCUCCUACUUCUGUUCUCUAGCCUGUUAUGUAAAUUCUUCUGAUACAUUGAAGUAAUAGGUGAUAGUACAAAAAGAAAUUCCAUUUAGUUAUGGAUCAUUUUUGGAUUCAGUGAUGGUUUAAUAACAUCAAUUUAGAAAAAGGGGAGAAUGUGUUAUUUUAAUAUUUAACUGUAAAACCUUUAUUAAAUCUUAAUUUUGUCGUGGUGUUACCU